CCCGGGGGAAGGGCGAGUCCCCAGCGGCAUGGACGUGUUCCAGAAGGUGGAGAAGAUCGGCGAGGGCACCUACGGCGUGGUGUACAAGGCCCGGCGCCGCGACUCCGGCCAGCUCGUGGCCCUCAAGAAGAUCCGGCUGGACCUGGAGGCGGAGGGCGUCCCGAGCACCGCCAUCAGGGAGAUCUCCCUGCUCAAAGAGCUGAAGCACCCCAACAUCGUCAGGCUGCUGGACGUGGUGCACAGCGAGAAGAAGCUGUACCUGGUGUUCGAGUUCCUCAGCCAGGACCUGAAGAAGUUCCUGGACGCCACCCCGGUGGCCGAGCUCCCCCUGCACUUGGUCAAGAGCUACCUCUUCCAGCUGCUGCAGGGGGUGAACUUCUGCCACUCGCAUCGGGUCAUCCACCGGGACCUGAAGCCCCAGAACCUGCUCAUCAACGAGCUGGGCGCCAUCAAGCUGGCGGACUUCGGGCUGGCGCGGGCCUUCGGGGUGCCCCUGCGCACCUACACCCACGAGGUGGUGACGCUCUGGUAUCGCGCCCCCGAGAUCCUCCUGGGCUGCAAGUUCUACUCGACGGCCGUGGACAUCUGGAGCAUCGGCUGCAUCUUUGCCGAGAUGGUGACCUGCAAAGCUCUGUUUCCCGGAGACUCGGAGAUCGACCAGCUCUUCCGCAUCUUUCGGACCCUGGGGACACCCAGCGAAGCCACGUGGCCGGGGGUCAGCCAGCUGCCCGACUAUAAGGGCAGCUUCCCCCAGUGGGCCAGGAAGGGGCUGGAGGACGUGGUGCCCAACCUGGAGCCGGAGGGCAAGGACCUGCUCCAGCAACUCCUGCAGUACGACCCCAGCCAGCGCAUCUCCGCCAAGGGCGCCCUCGCCCACCCGUACUUCUCAUCCGCCGAGCCCUCCCGGGCCCCGCACCAGUGUGUGCUGGAGCGCUUCUGCCGCUGAGGACGAGGCCGCCGCCCCCUCCCGGCUUCCCAGCAGGGCCGUCAGGAGAGGGCAGAGCUGAGGAAUCUGCAUCAGCCGCCAGAGGGCAGUGUGUGGGUUCGUCCUGCCAACAAGUUAGCGAGUUCCUGUGUUGUUUGUUGGGUUCGACGGUGCCAUUUCAAGACGGGGCACAGAAGCUCCAGGUGCGAGGGGCGUGUUAGGCCCUGGCUCUCCUGGCACUGGGCAGCAGGUCAGGGAAAGCAGGAAGCCUGUGCCGCCCGCCGGUGCUGCUGGGGCCAGGCGCUCCUCCGCCUCGCCCGCCCUCGGCUGCAGGGCCAGACCCUGCGGGGAAGGCUGCCCUCUGCUGGUCUUUCGGGAUUUAAAAUGUUUGGGGGAAGAGUUGAAUCCCAAGUUACACUGGAAGGAGGGUGUCAGGGAGGGGGCACGUUCCUGGCCCCAGUGUGUGUGGCUGUUCUGAGUAGUUGUCACCUAGGAUGUGUGUGCUUUUGUUCGAUUCUGGACUGAAGAGCAGGAAAUAAAAGUGAUGCUCUGAG